UCUAGUUUCCUUUCUAAAACCCUACAGUUCCUCCUCCGGCCGCCGUUGCCUUUCCCCGGCCGUUCGUUCCCGUUGUCAUUUCUCCCAUCGUAGCAGCUUAGUCAGGCCAAUUUCAUCUUCUGUUUUUGGUGUGAGCUCAGCGGUGUCGGUCACUCCACCGGCGUUACAUUUCUCGACCAGCCAGACUUCUCCACCAUUUGACUGAUCUACUCUUCAAUUGCUCUUUUUAGCAGGUUUUGAAAGUUGUAACUCACUCAGUACUUCCCAUCAACGACUUAGCAGAAUGGCUAUCCUAUCAUCACUUAGUUCAGCCACACUUUGCGGUGCCUCAGUUUUUCCUAAAGUAUUAGCCUGCAGCUCAGAGUUCUCAACCAACCUCUCUAGUCCUUUUGAAAGCUCAAAGAUUUGUUUGACUUCUUCGUUUCCUGCCUCUAGGCAUCCCAAGAAAAUUUCUACUUGGAACCUGACCCGGAAUGUUGCUCCAAUCCAAGGAAUUAGGUGUCAUGCUAUGCAAGUGGAGACUAGGGAAUGUUUUACGGCUGGGAAGAAAUUCCAACUUAGUGAUGUGAUUGAAGGGCAACAGUUUGAUAGGGAGAUGCUAAGCGCUAUAUUCGAUGUUGCACGCGAAAUGGAAAAGAUUGAAAAAAGCUCUACUCAAAGUGAACUUCUCAAGGGUUAUCUAAUGGCUACCCUCUUUUAUGAGCCUUCUACCCGUACCAGGCUCUCUUUUGAAUCUGCUAUGAAACGCCUUGGAGGGGAGGUCUUAACCACUGAGAAUGCCAGAGAGUUUUCAUCUGCAGCUAAAGGGGAAACACUUGAAGAUACUAUAAGAACAGUGGAGGGUUAUUCCGAUAUAAUCGUGAUGCGGCAUUUUGAAAGCGGUGCUGCUAGAAAAGCUGCAGCUACUGCCAACAUACCUGUCAUUAAUGCAGGUGAUGGUCCUGGAGAGCAUCCUACUCAGGCUCUAUUGGACGUCUAUACCAUUCAAAGUGAAAUUGGAAAACUAGAUGGCAUCAGUGUAGCCCUAGUUGGAGAUCUUGCCAAUGGAAGGACAGUCCGAUCACUUGCGUACUUGCUUGCCAAGUUUAAAGACGUGAAGAUCUACUUUGUUUCCCCUGAAAUUGUUAAGAUGAAGGAUGAUAUAAAAGACUAUUUGACAUCAAACGGGGUCAAAUGGGAAGAAAGUUCGAACUUAAUGGAAGUAGCAUCUAAGUGUGAUGUAGUUUAUCAAACCCGCAUUCAGAGAGAGAGGUUUGGAGAAAGGCUUGACCUUUACGAAGCAGCUCGUGGGAAGUAUAUCGUAGACAAGGAUCUCUUAGGAGUGAUGCAGGAAAAAGCUAUUAUCAUGCACCCCUUACCUAGAUUGGAUGAAAUCACUGCAGAUGUUGACGCUGAUCCAAGAGCUGCCUACUUCAGACAAGCAAAGAACGGAUUGUUCAUUAGAAUGGCUCUUUUGAAGCUACUGCUUACCGGUUGGUGAUGGAUGGUUGUUGAGGUAGAAAUCCGUUAAUAAUCUCAAUAUCAAGCCUGUGACAGAGGAGACAGUGGCAUCAGCUCGCAAUAAUAAAUUAGGAAACACAGUGAUCUUUGUGUGUGUUCUUGAUGUUUACUGAAAAGAAUAGUAAAAGCUGUUGGUUUGUUGUUGGUCAAAAGACUGAUUUGAAGAGGAAGAGUUGUUGAACUUUAUGAAUCAUUUGAUUUUGAGCUAAA